AUGGAGCCACUUGCUUCCGCGGCAUCGGCAGCCGAAGACGCAGCUAACCUGGACUAUUUGCUGUGGUUUCUGCACUGGUCUGCUACGUUGCGGCACCCACGGACCCGCGCUUGGUCCGCUCGCAUCUUCUACCUGAGAUAUAUUGUCUGUGUGAUGAUCUUAGUUUAUUCGUGUUCUGUACACGUGGUGCUGAUGUGGCAAAUGGGCUUCGACGACUUCGAUUAUCUCACCCUCGCACUGUGCCUUUUAGACACAUAUAUAACUUGGAUUGCCCGACUGGGACACAUCGCCAAGCACGAGCGGGAUUUCCACAGGCUUGCUCGACAGGUGCGUGACGACUUUGGGGAAUUCAUGGCUCCACGAGAUGUGCCCGUGCUGCUCAGUCGCAGCCGCACCCUGCGGCGCUUCGUGCUGGCCUACCUGUCGCUGGGCGUGUGUGACGUCACCAUGUGGCUGACGUUCCCCAUGAGGGGCGCGGGCCUGCCGCUGGACGUCGUACUGCCCUUUGAUACGGCGCACCCCGUCGGUUGGGCCGCCGGCUGGCUGUACUGCGCCUUUAUCACGGUUCACGCCAUUGUGAUGAACAUGAUGGUUGACGCGUUCAACGUUAGCCUCAUGGCGCAGCUCAGCAUGCAACUCGUCAUUCUAGGAAGAAAGAUUAAUGACUUGGCCAACGACGCCGAAAGCAUGGCAUCAUCACCGCCACAGACAGCAUUUGAGGGAGAUGAACAACCACGGACGUUUUGUUCUCGCAUGUACAAUCGCUACUCGUCGAAGAAGAUCAACGAUCAUAAUCAGAGAAUGAAUUCCCUAGCACUGGAUGUAGAAACCAAAGAAAUUCGGCAGUCUGAAGAACUUUCCAGCGGUAGUGAUGUUCACUGUCGAUUGAAAAAGAUUAUCCUGCACCAUCAAACUAUUAUCAGGAACGUUGAGUUCCUGCAGCAGUGCCUGGGAGAUAUGUUACUGGGACAGAGCCUCGGACUUGGCAUCGCCAUUUGCAUUCUGCUGUUGCAGGUCGGUCUGAGCGCGCAGAAUGUGCGGGAGACGGGAAAAUUUGGCGCCUACUUGUGCGCUAUGUUCACCGAGCUGUCUGUCUACUGCUGGUUUGGAGACCAACUCAUGUCAGAAAGCGAGAAUGUGGCGUUCUGUGCGUACGACGCGGUGACGUCAAUGCAGGAAUUGCCCACAUCCAUCAAACGGUCGCUGCUUCUGGUUAUGCUCAGAGCGCAGAGGCCACUGUGCAUCACUGCUGCCGGGCUCUUCCCUUUCUCCAGGGAGUCCUUCGUAUCGAUCUUAAAUGUGUCUUACUCAUUCUUCGCCAUUCUUCGAAAUUUCAAAGAAGAGUAG